GAGACUGGUACUUGAAGACGUUUCAGCCUUUGGUUAUGAUGAAGCCUUGUGUAUGUCAGACUGUGACUGUGGCCUUCCUCACUAUCUCACCAGCUGUUGGCUCACACACAGUACUAUACUUCCCUUAUAUCUAUCUCACGCCAUUGCCCACCAUCUUGCCCCCAAGUAAAAUGUUCUUGCCUCUUUGUAUUACCUCUUCAUCAUCAAGACUCCUGCUGUGCCUCCUCGUGGCAACAUACGGUAACUGGGUGCUUCGUGGGCCCAGACUAGACCAGCAGGGGAUCUCGGAGUAGCAGUGGGCCUCAGAGGGAAGGCGUAUAGGCGCCUUAUGACUGGGGAGUGGAAAUCCAGGGGAGUGCAGAUUACAUGUGACACCGGAAACUGAAUGAAAAGCAGAAUGUCCUCAAAAUUGUCAUCAACCAAGAAGGUGCCAGUGAUCGACUUGGGUCAUCUAGGUUUGGGGCAGGAACCUGGCCAAGAGGAGUGGCAGAGGGUGACGCGGGAGUUGUAUAACGCCUUAACCGAAUUUGGCUGCUCUUACCUUGCUAACCAUGGUGUCCCUGACGACCAGUGGCGUCUCCUCUAUGACUCAACGAUCGCCUUCUUUAACCUGGAACAAGGGAAGAAGGACCGAUAUGCGUUUGAUGCUGACAAACUUAGUGGGUACAUAGGAAUGGGUUCGGAGAGUUAUAGCGGUUCGACCCGUGAGUUGUGUGAAGGCCUCCUCGCAAGAAGGACAGAACAGCUGCCUGAUGAACCGGAGAUUCCAUCCCUUAAACCUGCCGCGGAGUCCUUCCUCAAGUCCUGCAAGGAGCUGUCUGAAAGGAUCAUGGCAGCUUUAUCCCUCAGUCUGGGUAAGGACCCAGAACAUCUUCUCUCAAUACACAAGGAGAGGGGUACCGACAAGAACAUCACAACUUUACGGUUCAACCACUACCCUCCCGUCCCCUCCACUAUUCCUGAAGGCACUUUUCGAUUUGGUGCCCAUAGGGAUUUCGGUACCAUAACAUUCAUCUUUCAGGACGACUGUGGUGGCCUACAGGUUCAAGACAGUGAGGGGUCCUGGUUUGAUGUCACCCCCGUCCCCGGCACCAUCUUUCUCUUAGCCGGAGAAUUCCUCCAGUUCCACUCCGGAGAAAAGUUCCUGGCUCCGACUCACAAAGUUUUGAUCCCCGCUGGAGAGGAGGCACGGGGGACGGCCCGAGUAUCCAUAUUGUACUUUGUUGCUCCUGAUAACCACAUCCCGAUGAGGCCUCCGGGCAACCCCUCCACCGAUACACCUAUGACUGUCCAAGAGUAUAUCACCUCAUCAAUCAAGAAUGCCCAAAAGUGAAAAUGGCUAACUGUCUUAAGACCUACAUACAUAAUAUUGCAUGUUUCUGCUACAGUUUAGCCCUUUAGAGGUUUACUUCAGUCCAAGAUUUUACAUGUAUAUGUAUUAUGAAAAGAUAAAUGAAUUAGUAGUGUUGCUGACAGGUGGAUGUAUUAUUCGGUUAAGAUUCAGUAGAGUACAUGAACGGCAACCUACACUAAAUUGUACUGUAUAUAGGAUGAUAGAGCAUAAAAUAUACGAAUACUAUUUAUUGCGUUUUGUAGAAAUUUAAAGAUUGGAGUCAUUUUGAUUAUACAGUAAAGUCACAAAAAAUCUUAUAUCUUUGGUGGGUUUUCAGUUCGCUGAAGUAAAUUUCGCGGGAUUUAGUGUUUACUGCUUCACAUGACCAGCCUCGACCAACCAGGGGACGACACUCUGUCAUGUGAGUGAUCUGCGCAUACCCCCAAGUAUUUCAAAGGGAAAUCUUCAGUCGCAUUAUGUCUUUCUUGUGUCACGGCUGUUUUACGUCGGAAUGGGAAACAUUCCAACGUGGUCUGUACAAAAACGCUGUUGCUAUUGACAUUUUCAAAGACAAUCGUGUAUUGUUUACUUCCUUAAGGUGCCCAAAGUGUGGUCCAGGCUGUCAUUAUCGUAAAUAUAAACACGUUUGGUUUUGAUGAAGAUGCAAAAUCGUCAAAACAAAGGUAAGGUAAAGUCAAGUUUCCUUAGGUUUGGCUGAGUCAACUUUCUGAGUGUUUUUACACCACAAUUCCCUCGAAUUUAAAGCCCUGCCCAUUUUGUGCAACGCAAAUCUCCAUAACUAUUAAUUUCCGCCCAAAAAUAAGGUUAUACCUUUUUAAAUCACCAUCAAUCAUAUUGUAAAAACUUAUUUUUGUUAGCGAUUCCCGUCCAUGUACUCUGGUGAAUAUUUGGAUUCUCUUCCCGUUCUAUCGAUAGCUAGUUUGAGUCCCGCAGCAAGUUACUAUGUAAGGAAGCAUCCCGUGACGGUUUAGCUGCAGAAAAACCUAUACAGUAUCUUUACAGCUGGGAAAUAAAGGCGAUAAAGACCAGCGCCUGUCACGCUGUCCCCAAGUGUUCCGAGGGUUUAGUCUUCAGUAUACUGUAUCCUUGUUACCCUUAAGUUUGAUGUUAUGUGAACCUUAGUUUAAGAACAAGUUGAUUGAUUGGUUGCAUGUGACAAAUUGCAUAAAGCCUUCGACACAGUCGAUCAUUAUACUAUGUGAAAAACUGCAGGCUCUUGGCUUUGGGUCUGUCGGCUGGUUUAUAUCAUAUCUUAAGCAACUUGAAACAAAUUGUUGUUGCUGAUAACAAUGAGUCAACAUUCAUGUCAAUAGCCUGUGGAGUCCCACAAGUGAGUAUUUUAGGUCUAUUGCUCUACCGGUGUUAUGUAAACAUGUCCAUUAGUGUUAAUUGCAAACUUUUGCUGUAUGCCCAUGACAGUGCUCUUUAAAUGUGAGGUAAAGAUCCAAAUGAUAUAGUUAACUCGUUAACUAUAUCAUUUGGAUCAUAGACAGCAAAUUACCCCGACAUUUUGCAAAGACCGAAGCAAUAUUAUCUGAAUAAAAAGAAAAACUGAAAAGGGUAAACGAAUGAACCAUCUCAACUGUAACCUCAGUAAAAUACCUUGGACUAACUCUUGACUCUUGUGAAUUAAUCGUGAUAAUAUAAUUGAUAAAAGUAAUACUAAAAUCAAAAUUUCCUAUAGAAAGGCUAAAUACCUUUCAGGUGAUGCCCGUAGGACCCUUUGCUUAGCGAAUAUAUCUAGAAGAAACUAA